GGCUGUAACAGAGACACUUAAUACCUUUUUCUAUUUUUACUUUUGAAAUUUUGCACUGCUCCUACUAAUCUGAACAGCUAUUUUUGUAUUAUACUGCUUCAUGGUGAGCUUCACAAAUUCAGUUGUUUGGGGUUUUGUCUAACCUUUUAUAUAUCUACUAUAAGCAGCAGUGCUUUUCAGGUGCACCCAGGUUUUACAUUGCUUCCUUUAAAAGUACUUGAGCAAUUUUUUUGCUUCUUUUGUUAUAGCCAAAAACCCUCCAGUUACUGAUUGUCCUUGGCAAUUUCAGCUGCUGGCCAUUUUCCUGUGUCUCACCAUUAAGCUUAUAUUAGGUGUUUGAAUGCAUUCUGUGACAUGCUGGUAUUGAGGAUCACUCCAUUAAUAGUUUGUGUGUGUACCCACAGGGAGCAGCACUGUUCUUUCUGAGUUGUUGGGUUUGUACCAUCCCAUGAUGCUGUUGCUGGGGGGUAAGGAAAACUGUUCUGGUGUGGAGCACACUGGUUAAGAACAUUGCUGCAGAGACCUGUAUGUGAUUGUGUGGUGAGGAAAGAAUUAAACAAAAGCUGACUAGCUGUUCUACCCUCCUAAGUCGGAUUUACAGGAUUUAAGCAGAUCUGCUGGAAUUCCUUGGUCUUAUUUCUGUACCUUAUAGCUUGACUACUAUACCAGCUCUGGGUGUGAUUGCUGUUAGCUACUCCUUUUAGGCUUUCACUGUGGAUGUAGCAUUAAUAUUUCAGCUGGUCGUGAUGAACAGUUGUCCUGCUAGUUCAGGAGAAAUAGGUUGUAAUUCCAGAGAACCAGGGACAUUUUAGAAGAUGACAUUUCUUGUUGAGAAGGGUCAAUACAGGAAAAUCUGGCAAAAUCAAGACAGACUCUAUAGGGAAUCACAGACUUCCUGUAAUAGAACUAUGCUUAUGUCAUGGUGAAAAGGUGACUACUGUUAAAUAGCAGAUUUAGAUAUUUACAACUACUUCAAAUUUGCCCAUACAAGAAAGAUCAGGAUGUUUUACCCUACCUGUAGAUACAUUACUGAUCUAAACUACAGUAGUUAUAUGUAUAAUUCCCUUUUAGGUCUUCCUCUCCACCAUGGAGAGUAGUCAUGAGAAGCUUUUGAGAAUUCCACCUCUCUCAAGGAAUGUUAUUAUGAGAAAAACAAGGGGAGUCUUGGUAAGAAGGAAAUAGUUCCAAAACAGUACCUGCCAGAGAGGAGACAACUGUAAAACCCACUGUGUCUUCCCAGGUCAUCAUUCUUCCAGAAACUGAAUACAGGCUUGGACUUCUAUUGCUUUUAGUGUACUGCUCUGUGUUUCCUUUAAAAUUACUUUAUCUAUUAAAUCACUUUAUUUAGGAAAACUUUGCCUUGACAGGGAGGCAGCUUAGAAGGUACCAUGAGAAAAAUCCAGUGCAGACUUCUGCUUGAGGUGUGAAACCCUGUGCGUCAGAGGCCUGAACAGGGAGUGUCUCAUGGGAUGGAGUUCUGAAUGAGCAUCAACAACCUCUACUCCUUUGUGUUACUGCUGCCUGAGAGUUAUAGUGUGAUGCAGCAUCUAAGCUAUUUCCAUCCCCUGCUGCCCUGAUCGUCUGCCUCCCUGACUAUGAGGAUAUAGGAGAUUUGCUCCUGAUUAACUGAGUGUAAUUCUUGGCCAAAUCCACUCCAGAAACAGCUUCUUUUUCUCAUUAGUGGCUCCUGUAAAAGAUCCAGCAUGGAGGGAAAUUUCCUUGCCUUUGAUGAGUGACUGAGGAUGAGGCAACACAUAACUGUCACAUGAAAGAAAAAUCAAUGAGAAGAGAUGAGGAGAAGAACGGGAAAGUGAAAUUCUAAGAUGCUGCGGGGAACUUUGAUCCCUUUCCUCACAUCCCUUUCCCUGCGAAGCAAUGGAAAAGGCACCCCGCUCCCUCCGGUGCGGAGCGGCUAGCGUGGGAAAGCAGACCCUGGCAGCUGAACCAGAAUGUGAUGCUUGAAGAACCUUCUGCUCACUUUGUACACGAGGGAUGGAAAUCUCCAAAAUACUCGGGCUCCUGGUAGAGCUCUCAAGUCUGCUAUCCUGUCUCAGAUGUGUGGAGGCUUUCCUGGGAUUCAAGCCCAACCAAAACCAUUUGCAGAGUGCAGCGUGUGAUGGUGAUGGUAACCCUCGCUUCCCGUGCCCAGCACCCAGCGUGUGUCCUGUGGGACCUCUUGGCUACUACAACGGCUCACUGGCGGUCACCGAGGCCGGGGCAGAGUGUCUCAACUGGGCAGAGUUCCCUGACUAUGUCCAGCAGUACCCAGACCGUGGCCUGGGGGACCACAACUUCUGCAGGAACCCAGACGGGGGAACGACGCCCUGGUGCUUCUACAGGCUUGUGUCAGGGGCCAUCGGCUGGGCCAACUGUGACUGUAACCAAGGUGCUGUGCGGUUGGCUGAAGACAGUAGUGUGGAGCUGUAUUUCAAUGGACUCUGGGGUAUCAUCUGUGCUGACCACUGGACUGACUGGGAUGCCAGUGUUGUCUGCAGGCAACUAGGUCUCAGUGAGAUCGGCACAGCUGGCAAGAAGAGUCAUUCUGGACCGUGGCCUGUUCCCCUGCACCUGCAGUCAGCAAACUGCCAUGGAGAUGAGGAAGCCCUGCUGCAGUGUGGCUAUCAGGAAGCUCUGUCAGGAGCUUGUCACCAGGGGAGUGCCGUGGUAACUUGUGUUCCUCCAGAAGGUGUAGGCGCCCCACUUCGCAUAGUUGGGGGGAAGGAGAGCUUUGAAGGGCGAGUGGAGGUUUACCAUGAUGGCAAGUGGGGAACCAUCUGUGAUGAUCAGUGGGACGACCGGGAUGCUGAAGUAGUCUGUAGACAGCUGGGACUCAGUGGGACCCCAAAAGCCUUGUCAUGGGCUCACUACGGGCAGGGAUCUGGCCCAAUCCUGCUGGAUGAAGUGCAGUGCUCAGGGAAUGAACUCUCCCUUGAUCAGUGCAAGAAGAGUGACUGGGGACAGCAAAACUGUGACCACAUUGAAGACGCUGGGGUCUCCUGUGACCCUUUCACAGAGGGCACGCUCCGGCUGGCCGGCGGCCGCAGCCCCAGCGAAGGCAGGGUGGAAGUUUACUACAAUGGAGACUGGGGCACGGUGUGCGAUGAUGGCUGGACAGACCUCGCUGCCCAAGUGGUCUGCAGGCAGCUGGGCUUCAGUGGUCCUGCUGCCCUUGCCUCUGAAGGAGAGUAUGGUGCUGGCCAAGGCUUCAUCUUACUGGAUGAUGUGGCAUGUGUGGGGACAGAGCUGACUCUCCUGGACUGUCCCCACAGCAACUGGGGGCAGCAUGACUGCUCCCAUGCUGAGGAUCUGGGAGUCCGCUGUUCCCCAGAAAGCAACACGGUCAUGGAUGGCAGCCUGGGGCCUCCUGUGCGGCUGGUGGAUGGAGAAAGCAGCAAGGAGGGCCGGGUUGAGGUCCUGCUGAAUGGGCAGUGGGGCAGUGUCUGUGAUGAUGACUGGACAGACAGAGAUGCUGCAGUGGUUUGCAGGCAGCUGGGAUUCAGUGGGACAGCAAAAGCCAGGGCAAUGGCUUAUUUUGGCGAAGGCCAUGGGCCCAUCCAUCUGGACAACAUAGAAUGCAGUGGCACGGAGGACAGCCUGGGGCAAUGUGCCACGCCUGACACCAGGAUUCACAGCUGCUGGCACAGUGAGGAUGCUGGGGUGAUCUGUGACUAUGUGGAAGAAAAGGUCCAAGAUUUCAAGAGAACAGGUCCAGAGUCUGGAGUGUGUGGGAUGCGCCUGCUUCACCGUCGCAAGAAAAGGAUCAUAGGUGGAAACAAGUCUCUGAGAGGCAGUUGGCCAUGGCAGGCCUCACUACGGCUGAAGGGUUUUCGUCGAGAUACUCGUCUGCUGUGUGGAGCAACGCUGAUCAGCAGCUGCUGGGUGGUGACUGCAGCCCACUGCUUCAAAAGGUUUGGUGUUGAUGUGCGGCGCUACCUCCUGCGUGUGGGCGAUUACCACACAGGUGUGAAGGAUGAGUUUGAGAGGGAGCUGCCCGUGGAGCGGAUUGUCCUGCACAGGAACUACUGGGCUGGCAGCAAUGACAAUGACAUAGCCCUGGUCCGGAUGCGGGGCAGAGAAGGGCACUGUCUCUCCUUCAAUCACCACGUUCUGCCCGUCUGCCUGCCUGACAGGAGAGAGAGGUCUGACAUCAACAGGCAAGCCUGCAUCAUCUCUGGCUGGGGAGACACAGGGAAGUCCUAUUCCAGAACCCUGCUGCAGGGGGUGGUGCCCCUUCUCCCACGGGAAGACUGUGAGGCCCGUUACGGGCGGAAGUUCACCAACCGCAUGAUUUGUGCUGGGAACCUCUCUGAAGACAAACGGGUGGACAGCUGUCAGGGUGACAGUGGAGGGCCACUCAUGUGUCAGAGAUCAAAUGGACGCUGGAUCAUCUUGGGCAUCACUUCCUGGGGGUAUGGCUGUGGUCGGAAGGAUUCGCCCGGUGUGUACACAAAGGUCAGCAAAUUCGUACCCUGGAUCAAGAAAGUGACCAAGCUAAAAUGAAAAUGACUGAGCUCUUGGAAUUUCAGCACAUGGUCCUUUUGCUCUGCAGCAGCAGAAGGCUGUGGCUUCUGGUCUGUGACUGAUGGAGAUUUAUUUUGACAUUGGACACUGGCAAAAGAUUUUAAUGUAGAACUGGAAGGAAAACAGCUAUGACUGAUUCUUUAAAGUCUUUGGUUUCACUUUAGUCUGUAAUCUGUAAGCAGAGAAAGCAGGUGCACAGUGGUCACAAUGCUUUAAAUAUCUGAAUCCUUUAA